AUGGGUAAUAAUAUGACAGUGAUUUGGAGUGAAUAAUUAAAACACUCUUUCCACUUAUAUGAAACCAAUUUGAAGCAUAAUGUUCUUGGAAAUAUUGAUAUUUAUUAAUAUAUACCAGAUAAUAAAGUCAAGAUCUUUAGUAUACAUUAUCAUUCAAAUUACAUUAGGUAAAACUGCUUAUGUUCCUGAUAAAGAGUAUUUCAUUUAAAAAACUAAAUUCAAACAUCCAAAUCUUUUAAGAGCUUUGGCUUUAGAGAAAUGUUCAGGUUCAUGUAGUAGUGACUAAGAUUUAUACAAAGUCUAUUAUGACUAUCCAGGAAUUUGCACUUUAGAACAGAUAAUUAAUGAAAAGUAUCAUUACAAAUAAUAUAAAAAAGAAUCAAGAAGUUUUCUGAAUCAGCCAUAUGGAAUAUUAUAUUCUAAGUAGUUGAUUGUGCAGAAUAUCUGUAAUCUCACUAUAAAACUAUUGGUAACAUCAACCCUAACUCUAUUUAUGUGUUAAAUGAUGGUAUAAAAAUAUUAGUAAUCAAAAUUAUAAUGAUAGGAAGUGAAUCAUAUAUUUUAAAUUGAAUCAUCUUAUGAAUAAGCACUGAAAUACUCAAUAGCAAUAUUGUCUCCAGAGCAAAUAGAAUAAUUACAAAGGGACAUUCCUAUUCCAUCAGUUAAUGGCUUCAAGAGUGAUGUUUUUGCAUUUGGAAUAGUCUUAUUGUGUCUAACAACACUGAGUAGAUAUGUGAAAUUUUAUACUCAGAAUUAAGAGCUGGAUAAAAAUCAAAUAUAUUAGAGUCUACAAUAGACAAAAAAUCAAUAUUCUGAACUCUUAUAUGGUUUAAUUUAGAAAAUGCUUGUUGAAAAUCCCUCUGAAAGAUAAUCAUGGAUAGAUAUUAAAGUAAUAAAUUUAUCUUAAAUUAGAGAUUUAUUGAUCCAUUUAAAAUCUUAGAAGAAAAUGAUUAACCAUUUUAUUCAGACCUUAAAUUAUGUCCUUAAAUAAAACAGCCAAAUAUUCAUGCAAGUGAAUAAAUUAAACUAAAUAAUCAAAUCUCAUAAACAUAAGUUCCAAUAGUUAUUUCUCCUAAUAAAACAACAAAAAUAAUAUAAAGCAGUUAAUAAUUACAAACUGUUCCUAUUCCUAUUCAAAAUCCAAAUCCAAAUCCAACAAUAACUUAAAUUUAUGCUCCUUCCAGCUUUUCAUUUUAAAAUUAAUCAAUGUAAUAGAGUAUAGAUUUCAAAUUGCUUCCCAAUAAAACAGCUAAUUUUGCGAUAAAUAAUUCAAAUUAACCUAUUGGAAAUGCCUCUAUGAAUGAAACACAAUAAGUCCCAUUUUCCCUUAAAAAUUAAAAUUCAUAAUAAACAACACCUCCUUAAUCUUAAACACCUUAUUCAACAGUAAAAUAUCCAUUUUAUUAAUCACAAUCAGAAAAACCAUCAUAGAGUUGA